AAAAAAGUAGAUUUGAGGAAGUACUGGUCAGGGUAUAUCAUCCAACAAAUUCUCUCCUCGCUUCCGGAGCAACCCCACAAAAGCAUUUCUUUCCCUUCCGUAUUCACAAAGUCCCAAGCAAGAUCGCGCACACCCCCGCUUCAAACCACUCGAGAUUGCUCUCAGCUCAGUAUCUUUUUUGCUUCAUCAGCAAUGGAGCUAGAAGAAGGAUCUGAAGAAGUGGAGAUGAGCGAAGCUUUUAGGAAAAAAGCUCCUAACUACUUUGCGACUGAUCAAUCGGGUGGAUACUUGUGUUCCACGGCGAAAGAAGCAAGAUUUUAGCAAACGUGUUAACAUCAUACUUAAAGCAUUUGAUGUCCGUAAUCUAUUAGGUACUCUUUUGACUUUUUUGAUUUUUGUAUUUUGUUGUUAUACUCUAAAUAUACUAAUGUAGAUUAUGUUCUUCCAUGGGUCAACAAUAAAGGGCACUAUGUUGCUAAGGUGGUGAGGAAAAGAUUGAACAUGCAUUUUUAUUAAUAGGCAGCCUAGUUGUAUGCUCAAUUUAUUUUGUUUUGGUUAGAUUGAUGUUGAAAUUGGUGUUCAUAAAACACUUUUGUAGAUGCAUUUACAAAAUACAGAGUAACAAUUCUUGUACGAACUUUUAACUGUAUUUUUUCUCCUCUUUUACAAUUUCUUUCCUUUUGCAAGCAACGACAACUAAGACAUCAAUCAACUCCUUCAAAUUAUUCAGAAUAUAAUAAUGCUAAUGGUACUGGAUUUUGAGAAAGGAAGCAACGACGUAUUAGAUAAGGGUUAGGAAGAUCAUCAUUUCGAGAAUCAUGAAGCGCAUCAUUCUCGACAUUCUCUGUGUUGUCCACAGACAUAUCAAAUGAUCUCUCUUUCCUCCUAGGAGAAGUUGAACUCCCAACCACAUGCAGAAAAACAUUAUCAUACUCAUUACCUCUAUGAGUUGCUUGGUUGCCAUUGUUUUCAGUCAUUGCUCGGUUUCCAAUACCCGAAUUAUUCUUUAAACCACUAAUGUGAGAAGGAUUUUCAUUUCAAGAAUGAUGAACUACAUCAUUCCUGACAUUUUCUGUGUUGUCCGCCAACAAAUCAAGUGGAUCUCUCUCUCUCCUUCUCUUCCUAGGAGAAGUUGAACUACUAAACCCACGGGGGAUAGCACCGUCACGAUGAUUAGCUCCAGCAUCUCUGUUGUUUUCGGUCGUUCCUUGGUCACUUCCAGUACCAAAAGCAUCAUUUUUUGAAGCAUUUGACAGAGUUAACCCUUGUCUUACACGUCGCUGCUUCCUUGUUCGGCUUUAAAAAAUGAUGCUUUUGGUACUUGUAGCGACCAAGGAACGACCAGAAACAACAGGGAUGCUGGAGCUAAUCAUCGUGAUGGUGCUAUCUCCCGUGGGUUUGGUAGUUCAACUUCUCCUAGGAGGAGGAGGAGAUCCACUUGAUAUGUUGGGGGAAAACACAGAGAAUGUCGGGAAUGAUGCGCUCAUUCGUGAAAUGAGGAUCCUCCUCACACUAAUGGUUUUAGGGACAAUUCUAGUAUUGGCAACCGAGCAAUGACCGAAAACAAUGGCAACCAAGCAAUGACUGAGAACAACAAUGAUGCUCAUAGAGGUAAUGAGUAUGAUAAUGUUUUUCUGCAUGUGGUUGAGAGUUCAACUUCUCCUAGGAGGAGAGAGAGAUCAUUUGAUAUGUUUGUGGACAACACAUAGAAUGUCGAGAAUGAUGCGCUUCAUGAUUCUCGAAAUGAUGAUCCUCCUAACCCUUAUCUAAAACGUCGUUGCUUCCUCGCUCGAAAUCUAGUACCAUUAGCAUUAUUAUAUUCUGAAUAACUUGAGGGAGUUGAUUGAUGUCUUAGUUGUCGUUGCCUGCAAAAGGAAAGAAAUCGUAAAAGAGGAGAAAAAAUGCAGUUAAAAGUUCGUACAAGAAUUGUUACUCCAUAUUUUGUAAAUGCAUCUACAAAAGUGUUUUAUGAACACCAAUUUCAACAUCAAUAUAAUCAAACAAAAUAAAUUGAGCAUACAAUUAGACUGCCUAUUAAUAAAAAUGCAUGUUCAACCUUUUCCUCACCACCCUAGCAACAUAGCGCCCUUUAUUGUUGACCCAUGGAAGAACAUAAUCUACAUUAGUGUAUUUAGAGUAUAAUAACAAAAUGCAAAAAUCAAGAAAGUCAAAAGAGUACCUAAUAGAUUACGGACAUCAAAUGCUUUAAGUAUGAUGUUAAUAUUCUCCGGAAGUACUUGGAUUCCAGUUUUCGUUAGAUAAUAGCGACCAUGAAUUGGCUUAAGUAGGAUUUGGAUUUGUGGGUGAAACACU